AUUGGCUCAUGGCCCUGUCAGUCUCACCUCGCUGCCGGAGUAAGCCCGCCCCGAGGCUCGGAAGACCCGCGUCCUCCCCACGGCUCAGUGAGGAAGGCGGGGACGUCAGUGUGGGUGGCCUUGCAGCCGAGCGGCGGUGGGAGCGGGGCUCGGGGAGCACGCAGCUCCCGACCACCCGGCCCUCGUUAGCACCAUGAGGUCGGUGAGCUACGUGCAGCGCGUGGCGCUGGACUUCAGCGGGAGCCUCUUCCCCCACGCUAUCUGCCUCGGAGACGUGGAUAACGAUGCGCUGAAUGAACUGGUCGUGGGAGACACCAGUGGAAAGCUGUCAGUGUACAAGAAGGACGACAGCCGGCCGUGGCUCACCUGCUCCUGCCAGGGCAUGCUGACGAGCGUUGCAGUUGGAGAUGUGUGCAACAAAGGAAAGAACUUCGUGGUGGCGGUGAGCGCCGAAGGCUGGUUUCACCUCUUCGACUUGACCCCUGCCAAGGCCCUGGAGGCCCCUGGGCACCGGGAGGCACUCGCGGGAGAAGAACAGCAGCGUCCAGUCUUCAAGCAGCACAUCCCCGCCAACACCAAGGUCAUGCUGGUCAGCGACAUCGACGGAGAUGGGCGCUGCGAGCUGGUGGUGGGUUACACGGACCGCGUGGUGCGUGCUUUUCGCUGGGAGGAGCCAAGUGAGGGCGGCGAACAUCUGACGGGGCAGCUGGUAUCUCUCAAGAAAUGGAUGCUAGAGGGUCAGGUGGACAGUCUCUCAGUGACCCUGGGGCCGCAGGGGGUCCCAGAGCUGAUGGUUUCUCAGCCCGGCUGUGCUUAUGCCAUCCUGCUAUGCACCUGGAACCAGGACGCCGAGCCCCCUCCUGCCUCCGAGGGAACCACGGAGGGCAGCAGGGAGACACCAGCUGCCCGGGACGUGGUGCUGCACCAGACGUCUGGCCGAAUCCACAACAAGAACGUCUCCACUCACUUAAUCGGCAACAUCAAACAAGGCCACAACCCAGAGAGCCGUGGCUCCGGGCUCUUUGCUCUCUGUACUCUGGAUGGGACGCUAAAGCUGAUGGAGGAGGCGGACAAGCUGCUGUGGUCGGUGCAGGUGGAUCACCAGCUGUUCGCCCUGGAGAAGCUGGACGUCACGGGCAAUGGCCAUGAGGAGGUGGUGGCAUGCGCCUGGGACGGACAGACAUACAUCAUUGAUCACAACCGCACUGUGGUUCGCUUCCAGGUGGAUGAGAACAUCCGUGCUUUCUGUGCAGGCCUGUAUGCUUGCAAAGAGGGCCGCAACAGCCCCUGCCUGGUGUACGUGACCUUCAACCAGAAGAUCUAUGUGUACUGGGAGGUACAGCUGGAGCGGAUGGAAUCCACCAACCUGCUGAAGCUGCUGGAGGCAGAGCCAGAGUUCCGCGACUUGCUUCAGGAGCUGGGCACCGAUCCCGACGACCUUCCUGCUACUCGCGCCCUACUGCAGCAGACCCUCUACCACCCCGACCAGCCACUGCAGCCUGAGCCCUCCAGCCUCCAGGACCCCACCUAGGGCGCCUUCCUGCUUCGCUGCUGAAGGCUCCAUCUUGCACAGCACAGCUGCAGGUGGAUCAUCACCAUCAGUAACGACCUCAGGCUGUCUGCCUUGCGCCGGGGAAGUGCAGGCCGUUUCGCAGUCCAGUCUUGUGCUCCUGGCACCCCGACCCCAUUUUGCCUCCAACUAUGGAUGUGGCCACAUCUGUGCUUUCUGGUCCCACCACAUUCCUCAUGUCAUGGGCUCCAAGAUGCGGGUUUGUGUUCCACACCACAAUCAGAAGUUUGUCUUAGGCCAUUCAUGUUUUUUCUGUUCUUGAUUCUCAGCGCCCUUAAUUGUUUUU